AUGUCGUUCACUACUAACGCCGAAAUCGGCCAGUUUGGUGGCAAGCUAUACAAGUUGUCCCAUGACUCGGCGGCCACCAACUGCAAAAUGGAGGUCAACGUCUAUAUCCCCGGCCCGGAGCCGCGCCGCGUGCCUGUUUUGUUGUACUUGUCGGGCUUGACGUGCACGCCCGACAAUGCCACGGAAAAGUCGUUCUUGGCGUAUUUCGCCGCCAAGUUCGGCUUUGCCCUUGUGUUUCCAGACACGUCGCCCCGCAACACGGGCAUACCCGGCGAGGACGACGAGCACGAUCUCGGCUCCGGCUCGGGCCACUACUUGAACGCCACGCAGCAGCCGUGGGCAAGGCACUACAACAUGUUUUCGUACGUGCACGAAGAGCUCUUGGACAAAUUGGCCAGCCGUUUCCCGCAGCUAGACAUGGCGCGGAUCUCGCUCACGGGCCACUCGAUGGGCGGCGGCGGUGCCAUUUCCGGCUUCCUAAAAAACCCGGGCAAGUACCGGAGCGUGAGUGCGUUUGCGCCGUUGUCCAACCCACUGAACGCUCCUUUGGGCACCAAGAACUUCGAGGCGUAUUUGGGCAGGGACACGACGCUGUGGCGGCAGUACGACCCGGUGUACUUGAUCCAAGAGUACACGCACGAGCACCAGCCGGACAUCUUGAUCCAUCAGGGGGCGCAGGACGAGUUCUGGGCCGAGGAGGGCACCUUGCAGCCGGAGAACCUCGUCAAGGCGGCUGAGGAUUCCAGCUACCGAGGCAAGGUUGACUUGAGGAUCGUCGAGGGCUACGACCACCUGUACUUUUUCGUGAGUUCUUUUGCGGAGGAACAUGCCGUCCACCAUGCCAAGGCCUUGGGUUUGAUUUGA